GUUAUCUCUCUCACUUUUCAGCUCACAAACCAAAAAUCGGUGGACCAUCUGAUAUGAAGCUCUUCGGUGGAAGCCACUUAAACCGCCAAUGCAGAUUUCCUAUUGAGAAUCAAGUUGAUAGUUUGACAAGUCAAAUAUCCAACCUUUUGGUUUCAUCAUUUUUGCAUGCCUGAUAACCAUGCUUCUUCCGAUGCAAUCACAAUGCCUAAGCUUGGGAGCUCUCGAAUUAUCAAAAUUUUCUGCCAGUUGUUGUAAAUAUGAUAAGGGGGUUACAUGUGGUUUUCAGAAAAUGGAUGCAAAGUAUAAACAAGUCCUUAGUGGACUUGGAAAAUCUGUCAGAAGGAUUUCUCAUGAGCUUCAUACAUGGAAGGCUUUGGCCACUUCAGAUGUUUCUGUUCAAACUGCAGAAAAAGUGGCAAUUUACCGAUUUAGGACAGAGAAUGGUGGUCAGCUGAAGCUACUCGUUAGAAAAAAUAAUAAGAAAUAUGGAGUGUAUGUUGAAGUUUUAUCACCACUGCAUUCUGGUAGAAAGGGAGAUCUUCUCAUGAGCUGGGGGCUGUUCAGGUCCAAUUCAGAAAGUUUCAUGCCUAUGGACUUUGAAAAUUCAAGUGCUGAUAGCAAAUAUAGUACUAUCGAUACCCCAUUUGUAAAAGAUUCUUCUGGGAGAUUGGUGGUUGAGCUAGAUUUUGAUGAAAGUUUGGCCCCGUUUUACAUCUCUGUUCUUUUGAAGUCUCUAGGUUCUGAUUUGGAAAGCUCAGAAAUCAGAAGUCACAGGAAGACAAAUUUUAUUGUGCCAGUUGGUUUCAGAUCGGGUCGUCCUACUCCAUUAGGCCUUUCCAUUUUAGCUAAUGGAUCCAUGAACUUUGCCUUUUUCUCGCGCAAUGCAGAAAGUGUGGUUCUGUGCCUGUAUGCUGACACCACAGCUAACAAACCUGCUUUAGAGAUUGAUCUAGAUCCAUAUGUUAAUCGAUCAGGUGAUAUUUGGCACGUGUUGUUAGAUGGUUCUGUGCCGUUUGUUCGCUAUGGUUAUCGCUGCAAGAGUAAUGCUGACAAGAAAAGGCAGUAUGUUCUUUUGGAUCCAUAUGCAAAGUUAAUUGAAGACUUUGGUUCGGGUUUACCUCGAAAAUCCCUUGGAAAAUUGUGGAAGGAAUCUGGAUUUGAUUGGAGUGGAGAUAUGCGUCCUAGCUUACCCAUGGAGAAGCUGAUCAUCUAUAGAUUAAAUGUUACUAGAUUUACUAAGGAUGAGUCCAGUAAGCUACCUGGAGAAAUUGUGGGAACUUUUGCUGGUAUUUCUGAAAAAGUGCAUCAUUUCAAAGAUCUUGGAGUCAAUGCAAUCUUAUUAGAGCCCAUCUUCCCUUUUGAUGAGCAGACAGGACCCUAUUUUCCCUGGCAUUUCUUUUCUCCUGGAAGCCCAUACGGACCUUCUGGUGACUCUGAGUUUGUAGUCAAAUUGAUGAAAGAGAUGGUGAAAAAGUUACAUCUCAACGGAAUAGAGGUUUUAGUGGAAGUUGUUUUCACGCAUACUGCAGAGGUUGCAGCACUAAAACAAAUUGAUAGAUCUUACUAUCAUGUUGGAGGAGGAGAGGACUUGAAAUCUAGAAAUGCAUUAAAUUGUAAUCACCCCAUUGUCCAACAACUUAUCUUAGACAGUCUCCGGCAUUGGGUCAUUGAAUAUCACAUUGAUGGAUUCUGUUUCAUUGAUGCCUCCUCUCUCAUGAAAGGCUUCCAUGGUGAGUUCCUUACCCGGCCUCCUUUGGUUGAAGCUAUUGCUUUUGAUCCCCUGCUUUCAAAGGUCAAGAUAAUAGCAGACUCUUGGGACCCCCACAACAUGGAGACAAAGGAUAUUUCAUUUCCUCAUUGGAAGAGAUGGGCAGAAAUCAAUUCAAAGUUUUGUAACGAUGUGAGGAACUUUUUGAGGGGUCAAGGAUCUAUAGGCAAUCUAGCAACAAGGCUCUGUGGAAGUGGGAAUCUUUUCUUGGAUGGACGAGGUCCAGCGUUCUCUUUCAAUUUUAUUUCAAGAAAUGCUGGGCUUCCGCUUGUGGAUUUAGUCUGCUUCAGUAGCAGUGAACUAGCUUCAGAGUUAAGUUGGAAUUGUGGGGAAGAAGGUCCCACAAAUAAAAAUGCUGUCCUAGAGAGGCGACUUAAACAGAUCCGCAAUUAUCUCUUUAUUUUGUUUUUUUCCUUAGGUGUUCCAGUCCUUAACAUGGGAGAUGAAUGUGGUCAAUCUUCUGGGGGUUCCCCAGCCCAUGCUGAUCGGAAACCUUUGGAUUGGAAUGCCUUGAAAUCCGGCUUUGCUAUUCAGACCACAAAAUUUAUUACCUUUUUGAGUUCAUUGAAAAUGAGACGAAGUGAUCUUCUUCAGAAUAGAAACUUCUGGAAAGAAGAAAACAUUGAGUGGCAUGGAAGCGAUGGGUCUCCACCAAGAUGGGAUGAACCAUCAUGCAGAUUCCUGGCUAUGACUUUGAAGGCUGAUUCAAAAGAGAGCCAACCAACCUCAGGUUUGCAUGAGAUGAUUGGUGACUUGUUCAUUGCCUUCAACAGUGCUGGUCGCUCAGAGAAUAUUGUUCUCCCACCACUUACAGAAGACAUAGCAUGGUUUCGUUUGGUUGAUACGUCCCUCCCUUUUCCAGGAUUUUUCACCACGGAUGGGGUUCCUUUGAAGGAUGGAUCAGUUACGUAUGAGAUGAAGUCUCACAGUUGUGUCUUAUUUGAAGCUCGGAGCCUGUAGUUGAAGUCCAUUCAUGUAUGCUGUCAAACCAUAGUCUUCAUAAGGGGUUUGCAUAUAAAAGUCCCAUUGUGUAAAUGAAUGCUUCAAUAAAAUAUGAUCCUAUGAUACUUCACUCAUAAAUAUAUAAAAUUCAAAAGCACCCUUUUUUUGCUUUGUUGUCUGCAAACAUACACCCUCCCGUAUUCCAACUUCGGAGUAGCUCUAUAGACCAAAGUUCCUUGGUGUUUCUUAUGAGAUCGGUAGCAAAGGGGUCUUCUGAAAAUCAAUUGGCUGUAGGUUCAUAUUCUUGGUUGCUUAAGAACUUAGCUACUACAUAUUGUUUGUCUUCUUUUCUAUGUUUUAUUCUGAAAAAUUGAUUAAAGCAUGUCGUCAGAUGAUUGCAACUGUUUCUGGUUAUGGUGAUUCAUAGCUUUCUAUUGUUCUAAGACAUGGAAAUGUUAUGGUGGCGAUGGACAAACAGAAUCACUCCUUGAAUGUGUGAACAGGGGCAGGUGAUUUUCGAGAAGAAGCAUAUGCUGUAUUUAAAUGUAUAUUCCUCCUCUAGCCAUGGACUUAGUCCAAUGUUUUGAAUUCUGUGGAUGCAAUUGGAUAUCUCGAUUCCUAAAUGAAGGCCAUUAUUAUUGAUUUCGGUUUAUUUUCGUGUUUUAGUAAUAACUCUCCGAAUGUGAGCUACAUUGAUGAAAUUGGAAAGAAAGAGAGGAAGUUGAUAUUUCAAAGUAAAAUGGGAGAAUUGAGUCCCGAGCUUUGGCGGUGAAAUUAAUGAGAAGAGACGGAAAAGGCGUGCUCGGGGUGCUUUGGGUAGCUCAAGGAUCAAAGGAAAGAGGCAAAAGAGGAUAAAGAAUCUGACUCAAGGAAAAAUCAGAAAAAACACAUUUUCUGGACGACUUUUGGAGGCCUCCAACAUGCUUCCUAGCAAGCAAAAUGUUGUGUGAUUUUCUUUUGUUCUGGAUGACAACUUGGUGUGCUUUGUGCCCAAGUUUUUAGGUCAACAGAAAAAGGCUAUAAAUACUCUUUUUCUCAUAAUGGAUGUCAGCAUUGGGAUGGGAUUUUAGAGAAUAAAGAGGGGAACACAGGCAAUAAAAGGAGAUUUUUGGGUAAAAGUAGAAGUGGAGAAGAAGGCCAAAGCUCAAUUUCACUCCAGAAUUCUUCUCUUAAGGACUGGUUCCAAAUGUUCUAUAUUCAUUUUCUCUAUAAUUUCAACAAUUUGGUGAAGUAUUCCCUAAACCUUUGUAUUUUCUUUCCUUUUAUGUUAUGUGCUAAUUUGCACGAUGUUGGGAUUAAUGACCUUUCUAUGUGUACGGAAAGUCAUUUCACAGAAAUGCAACUAAAAACUCACAGCAGGGAGUGGAUGGAGUGAAUUUUUGGCAUUUUUUUAUCAUCGCAUGGGGCCACACGUGUGAGAACUUUGGCCAAUUUCUAUGAUACAGUAAUCUGGACAUGCAGAAUUAUUCUAGGAUUAAUGACAUGACUUCAUCUU